AUGCACGUCAAGACAUCAGUCGGUCUGUUUGCCGCAACGGCAGCCGCCGCAUCUCACCCAAGGCUCGGCAGACGUGAUGUGAGCUGGGGCCCCAUUGUCGGCUUCCAAGAGACCAGCUCGGAAAUCAUCUCGACCACAUCCACCAUGUAUCCCGGCAAGAUGCCCUCGGACCAGGGAGGCUACAUGUUUGCCUGGAUUGGCGUUGGUGUCAACGGCGACGGCUACGACCUCAUUCAGUCCAUCGUCGGUUCCUACCCGGCGGGACAGAGCGAGUGCAGCGGCACCAACGCCGACACGACGUGGUGCAUCUCCAGCGAGGUCUACGGCCUCGACGACUCGGGCGCGACGACGCAGUUCGUCGGCGACGAGCGCACCGCCGACGUCAACUACGAGAACGGCAUCAUCUUCAACUACGAGCUGACCGACACGUCGACGUACUCGUGGACGCAGACCAUGACCGACGCCGUCACGGGCAACGUCCUCUCGACCUACACCAAGGUCUCCAAGCAGCAGUCCAACCUCUGGAACACGGCCAUUGAGCUGCAGGACUUUAACGGCGUCGACGGCAGCGGCACCGUGGAGCCGCAGUACUAUGUCAACACCACCAUUGUCCUCAAGGCAGCUGAUGCGAACUGGGGUUCGACCAUUUACGGCGAGUAUGGUGCCGAGUACACCACUCCUUCCACCUCGGACGGUGGCAAGACUUGGUAUAUCGAGAAGAUCACCGUGCCAGCCAUGAGCUCUUGA